AUGAAACUCUCGUUCUCUCGUCUCGUCCAGGCCGCUGCGCUCGCGUCGUCGGCACUCGGAGCGAUCUUGCCCACUCGUGGUACAGAGGAGCUUGUUGAUCGCGCUAGCGGCGACAAGUAUGUCUUCGCCCACUUCAUGGUCGGCAUUGUCGCGUCCUAUACCCAAGAUGACUGGACGGCGGAUAUGCAGCUCGCACAGAGCAUCGGCAUUGACGGUUUUGCCCUCAACAUCGGCAAGGACUCGUACAACGACCAGCAGCUCGGCUACGCAUACGCCGCGGCCUCAGCAACCGGCUUCAAGGUCUUCAUCUCGUUCGACUUCUCGUACUGGACCACUGGCGACACCUCAACUAUCGCGCAGUACAUCAACACCUACGGCGCGAUGGAUGGUCAGUUCAUCUACAACAACGAGGUCUUCGUCUCCACCUUCGUUGGCGAUGGCUUCAACUGGGGAGACGUCGCUUCCCAGUCUAAGCCCCUCUUUGCCUGCCCGAACUGGCAACCCGGCUCAUUCGGUGGGGACAACGGCGUGAGCUGUGGAUUCAGCUGGGGUGCUUGGCCCAACCAGAACAACCAGCCCAUUGACCAGAACAUGACCACCACGCUGGACCAGGAGUACAUUACCAACCUCGGCUCGAAUCCAUACAUGAUGCCUGUUUCACCCUGGUUCUUCACCCACUACGGCCCGAGCUCGUACAACAAGAACUGGAUCUUCUACAGCGACUGGCUGUGGAACACCCGCUGGGAUCAGGUUCUCCAACUCGCUCCCCAGUUCGUGGAGAUCGUGACCUGGAAUGACUUUGGCGAGUCGCACUACAUCGGCCCUCUGCACCCCGAUAACCCCAGCGUCUAUGCUGGUGGAGACACCGGCGCUGUCCAAUGGGUCACCGGCAUGACUCAUGACGCAUGGAGGGACGUCGCUGCUCCUUACAUCAAAGCAUACAAGGCUGGCGCAUCCUCCCCUACGACGGAAGAGCUUGUCUACUACUACCGCCCCUCGCCCAAGGACGCCGCCUGCUCCGACAGCGUUGCCCAGCCCACCGGCUACGAGUUCGAUGAUGACCUCGUCUUCGUCACCGCGUUGACCACUUCGCCCGCCACUGUCGUCAUCACAUCUGGAUCAAAUGCUGCAGUCUCGAUCGACGUCCCCGCCGGUAUCAACACCGUCAGCGCGCCGAUGGGCCUCGGCCAGCAGGUGUUUGCGCUCCAGCGCAAUGGGUCGCCUGUCAUGCAGGGGACGAGCUCUCAGCAGAUCAGCAGUACCUGCACGGUUAACAACUUUAACGCUUACGUCGGCAAAGUGACUGCCUAA